UCCGCUUCCGUGUGUAACAAGAAGUCUCAGUGGUUGCCACGGAAACUCUACAACACACCGGCGAAAUGGAGUCUCACGAAACGAGUGAUUUACGAGACCCGGUGAACUGCUUUAAGGACUACGAAGAUUAUUUGGACUCCAAAGUCACGGCGAUGGAUUUGUUUUUCCUCAAAAACAAGGAGUCGGCCCGCAAGCUGGUGGAGCACGGGCACAAGGGCACUGUGCUGAGUCUGCAGGAAUUUGAGCAGCGGAAAGCAGCAUCGCCAUCAGCGAGCCGUUACCACCAGAACCAGACUACAAUGCUUGCGAGCUCAGGAUAUGACAUCCAGGACAACUUCCUGAGGGCGCUGGCGGAGCGUGAGGAGGCCAAUCGGAUGGGGAAAAUGACUUCGCUGAUCUUCAUGCGCGAUGCUAACGCUCUCGGACAGGAAGUGUCUGGCUAUCUCGACUACGCCCACAGACUGCAGACGCAGGACUUUGCGCCAUAUUUCAGUGGGAGAAAGAAGCUGGUGCCAGGACCCUCAGAUUUAUGUUACUAUAAUUGGGCCAAUCAGGUUUCAUCUUCCAGCUGCAGCUCAAAUUAUGAACCCAUUUAUGACCACCCUGAUGGUCUUCUGUUCAGGAGGAAGCUGGACAGCAAGAUUCUCAAUGUGGACCCCAAGUGCGAUCCCGGCGAGGACUCAAGGAGGACCAUGGUGCAGUCAGGCCUUUACUCACAUGUUGUCAUCCUGGACCACUACAUUACAAGCGUCUGAAAUAUACACACACCCUAUAAUUUGAUGGGGGCAACAAAGGAAAAGGUCCACUGGAGGGGGGGGCAGACAUAUCACACAUGCCAUCUGGGCGGAGGCACAUCAACAUUCCCUUUUUAACUUUGUUAUCAUCUUAAUCAUCAACAGUGUUGCUUCCACAAUGUAAGAUGUUAUAAUCGGACCGGACUUGCCUUUCAUCAUUUUGCCCUUUUUAGCUCAAUUAAUCUAUUUUGGUCACAAUCUAAGCCUGUAGAGUUGGGUUGUGUGUUUAUUAGCGAGUCAUCAAAGUUCCCCCGUGAUGCUGCCCUCACACGCAAGGAUGAAAAAUGUUUUUUUCAGACCGUUUAUGUCAUCUAUCUGUCUUGUAUACAUGGUUCAAAUUUAGUGGCAAUCAGAUGUAAUCUUUGAAAAAAGCUUGUCCUUGAAGGACCCCUUUAAAUGGGCACUUCAAACAUAAAAAAGGCAGAAAAUCUUGUUUCUGUUUGGCAGUAAGUUUUUCUACUCAUGAUAGACAUGCCUACUAAAUGUCAUGUUGCUAAGUUAGAAUGGCUUUGGGGGGGUGAAUCACCCCUCCCCCCCCCCACCCACACACACAUACACACACAUACAAAAAUUCAAAGGAUCACUAAAAAUGGCAAAAUUGAGCCCGAAAUGGCCAAUACCAAGAAAAACUGUAGACCUCAAGUAUGUGGCAUGGCUUGUUGAGCCUCAUCUACUUAUGGUAGACAUGUCUCCUAAAUUUUAUACUGCUGGGUUAAAAUGGCUUUUGGAGCAUAUAUUAUAUAGAAACAAAACACCGAUAUCUGCUUAGAGCCUCGUUAAAAAUGUUAUUAGCUUUUCAAGUCAUCCAAUUUGACUGCAAACUUGGAUUAUACACAAUGACAAAAACUCACAAGCUUGCCUAUUCAGUGUUGUACAUCUGUCUAGUAUACCAGGUUCAAAUUUGUUCAUAAUCAGAAAAAAAUAUUCGUCAUGGUAUAUGGUGUUUGAUAGGCCCCUGAAAGACAAACCAUAGGAUAGCAAUGGUGCAACCAAGAAAAUAAAGCACGAUAUAUUAAUUGCGGGUGCUUUAUUUCAAAUUUAAUGGUUUAAUUUUGAUACAAAUGCAAUUGAAAUGAAUGCAAUCCGUGAAUUUAAAGUAUCUUUUUUUAAAUCAACAAUUCUAAUAAAUAACACAUUGUAUGUGUUACUUGCAAGCACAAA